AUGGAGCUUUCAAGAUGCCUAGCCAAACAUGGCAUCAAGGUCACAUUUGUAAAUACAGAGCAUAUUCACAUGCAAAUGCAAAAUGCAUUGGCAAUGGAGGAUGAUGACAUUGGGAGUAAAGUUCAUCUAGUAUUUAUUACUGAUGGGCUAGAAUCAUUGGAAGAUAGGAAAAAACCAGGGAAGCUUUCUGAAGUAAUCAUGCAGGUUAUGCCCCGAACAUUCGUGGAGCUUGUUGAACGGAUUGUUGGAUCAAAUGGGGAUACAAUAUCUUGUGUAAUUGCUGAUCAGAGUCUUGGAUGGGCCCUGGAAAUAGCAGAGAAAAGGCGCUCAAGCGAGCUGCUUUCUGCCGAGGAGCGGCUGCACUUUUGGUACUUGGAUUCAGCAUUCCAAAGCUGA